AUGGAGGUCUUCAACAAAGCCGGUACACUCGUCUACCUUGGCCUUCAGUUUCUUCUCAGAGCUCGAGAGCUCCGCAAUGAGCCUGGAACACUCUCCGUCCUUCGCGCGAAGGCCUUCAUCAAGGUUGGUGCACUCUUCUGUCUUGGCUUCCAGUUCACUCUUACAAUCCAUGAGGUCCACAUCAAGCCUGGAGGACUUGCUUUCUUCAGUUGGGAGCUUAUCAGACAGGCUGUUCCAUUCGCCAGUCCUAGCCAAAAGAUUUUGCUUGCGUCCUAG